CGCACGGUAUUCCGACAACAAUCGUUCCGAUCUAGUCCGGGGAAUACGUACGUAAUCUGAAUAAGAACUGCGAUCGUUUCGCCGAAUUGCGGCGGCUGUACAUGUUGUGUGGUGAAAACUGCGGUAAAAUAAAAAGGGCGAAGUUAUUGUAACCUGAUCGGGAGUAAACCAUGUUUGGGUUCCAAAACUGAGAAGAAAAGCAACGCCUGAGAGGGAAGGCCCGAGCAUGGCUCAACAUUUCGCCGAUGGAGACUCACGUUCGGUUUAUUUUAUUUCAUUUUACAUAUAGCACCUUACAGCAAUCCAAAAACUAUCAACACAGACCGUGGAAAUAAAGCCACAACUGUUUCCCAGGAUGUCAGUAAAUUUGGAAAAUACUGAAAGUGUUAAAGGAGAACUUCACACAGAUGCAAAGAAAAAUGAAAAUUCUGAAAAGCCGAGCCUUCAGUCAAGUGAAGUUGACAAACAAGAAGUCUCCGAUUUUUUUAAGGAUUUGAAAUUGGCUUCACAGACAGUUCUAGAAACACUCCAACAAAAUGGUCGAUCUAAAUGUCCAAAGUGCCAGAGUUCAAGGAUGUUUUAUUGUUAUUCAUGUUUCCUUCUGGUGGAUGGUGUCAGCUCUGACAAGAUACCUCAGGUUAAGCUCCCUCUGAAGAUUGAUAUUAUCAAACAUCCCAAUGAGACUGAUGGUAAAAGUACUGCUGUACAUGCAAAACUGUUGGCCCAAGAUGAUGUUACUAUUUACACAUACCCAUGCAUGCCAGAAUACAAGGAUGAAAACCAUGAAGUUGUAGUGGUGUUCCCUGGUCCAAAGUCUAUUUCUCUUGCUGAUCUUCCAAAGUACUUAUCUAACAUUGCCGACAAGAAAUCUGUUCAUACAAAAUCUUCCAAAAAUAUCCUCAGUCACAAUGAGUGCAUUACAUGCGAAGGACCAGCAUUUAAACGUGCAAAAUGUGAUCGUAAAGAUCAACACAGUUUGGACAGAGAAAAUCCAAUAACAGAGCAGGAUGCUGGAGAGGUGGAGACAAAUCUGACCCCACUGAAAAGAGUGAUAUUUAUUGACAGCACCUGGAAUCAAACAAACAAAAUAAUUACUGAUGAGCGUUUACAAGAAUUACUUCAUGUUGAGCUAAGAACACAAAAGACACAUUUUUGGCGUAAUCAGAAAGGAAAGCCAGAUACCUAUCUUGCUACAAUUGAGGCCAUUUACUAUUUUCUAGUUGAUUAUCACAGACUACUUUUAAAAGAGAAGUACAAUGGUGAAUAUGACAAUCUACUUUUUUUUUAUUCAUUUAUGUACAGGUUAAUCAACAAGGCUAAACACGCUGCUGGUAAACUGAACUGAACAAUUAUUUGGAAAGUGGUGAUACUUCUGUAGAUGACAUUUCAGAGAAACAGUAUAAAUUCUGUUUUCAGGCAUUUAAUACCAACACUUAGAAUGGCCUGUUUAAAAAUGUUAUUGUUUGAAUCUUAAAUUCUAAAUUCCACAUUUUUACUUUUGUCAGUGCUGGGUGUUUAAAAA